CGUCGUUACAAAGCCAUGUAGCGUCCCAUUCUCGCCGGUUCAAGUCGUUUUUCGUCACUUUAUUCAGUUUUAUGUUCCUUCUUUGUGGAUUUUGUACCUGUUGUUGUUCACAGAUCUUUCGUUCUUCACCAAGUGGGGCAUGAGCUCAUGUUAACGACCGAUUAAUCGAGAAUUACUUUGACUUUCAAAAAGGAAAAUAAAGGUGCGCCAAAAUCACAGAUAAUCCCUCACCAUGAUGGAAACCGACGAUGUUGUGGUUAGCAGCACACCUGAUAGCCAGACACAGACCCAAACCCAGACUCAAACACAGACGGAUGACACGAUAAGUCAGUCCCAACCGAGCCAGGAGCCAAUCAGACCCUGGGGGAAGCUCAUUCCCUCAGUGAAAUGCCCAAAAUUCAGUGCUUUUCGAUUGUACAAAGAUGUCUAUCGUGCUGGGAAGCAAGAAGACCACGAAAUUAUCUUCAACGUUGAUAAUCUCAAGAAGGUGGUGGUAGAGGUUAUCAGCAGACUCCACUUCACCAUCGAGAAGCAUUUCAUCAACAGUAAGAAUGAAUUUGUUGUCAUCUUGACCGAUCACAGCAGAAAUGGCACCUUCGUGAACAAGAGAAAGGUGGGAAAGGGUGGAAGAGUGGUGCUGGAGAAUGGAGACCAAAUAGCUCUUGGAAGGGCACAAUUCACUGUGUUCGAGUUCGAUGGCGUGGAAUAUUCGAAUAAAAAACUCCCAAUUGAACUCCGGAGUAGUUACACACUUCUGAAGAAACUAGGAUCAGGUGCUGCUGGUGAGGUUCACCUGGCCUUCUCCAAGGGUUCUUUCAGUGCAUUUGCGAUAAAAUCCAUCUCCAAAGGUCGAUACAACGAGGAUGGUCCGAGGAAUCCUCUUCAUGAUACGAAAAAAAUUCAACGCGAAGUGGAUAUUCUCCAGCGGCUUCAGCAUCCCUGCAUAAUCAAAAUGGAGGACAUAGUGGAUACAAAAUUCACAGUUUGCAUUGUCUUCGAGGUGAUGGAGGGUGGUGAGCUGUUCGACAGGAUAUCAGCGAAUGGGGGACUCCCCGAGAGGGUGACCAAGUUUAUGUUCUGGCAGAUAUGCGAUGCUGUGGCUUAUCUUCACAGCAAGGGCAUCACUCACAGGGAUCUGAAGCCUGAGAAUAUUCUCCUGGCGUCUGAGCACAAAUAUCCACUUGUCAAGGUCUCUGACUUUGGUAUGUCCAAGUUCUUGGAUGCUGCAUCUAUGCUGAUGACUUACUGUGGUACUCCACUUUAUGUUGCACCUGAAAUAUUGAAACGCAAGGGAAGAGGGGCCUACACCCCCCAGGUAGACGUCUGGAGUCUGGGGGUGAUACUCUACGUUAUGCUGAGUGGACUCUGUCCCUUUACUCAGAAUGAUCCGAACAUGGCGCUGGAUGAUCAGAUCCUGAAGGGAGUUUACAGGUUUCACUCCUCGAAGUUCAAUAAGGUCAGCGCGGGUGCAAUCGACCUGAUUAAAUCUAUGCUGACAGUUAAUCCCAUCAAACGCAGGACGAUAAACCAAGUGCUGGAUCACCCCUGGCUUCGUUCAGAUCUAAUUGUUUCAAAUGCUGUCAUUAAGCUGAUGAACGAGAACUCCGUCACCCCAAAUAGCGUCAACGAGAAUACCCCACCCCUCAAUGUACCGCCUCCGCAAACCGACAGAAACGUGGAGUAUUUAUUCGAUGUACCUGGCUCGAAACCAAAGCGAGCGCGUCUCGCGUAGUGAAUGCCAAAAGGGCACAAGUCCAAAAUACCUGAACUAUCGUACAAAUUAAGUACUAAAAACUCUAUUUUUUACUUUUCUUCUAUUGUUCGUGUGUUUUACGUUUGUUUUUUUUCUGUUUACAUUCAUUAGUUAAUUGAUAUUGACGAGUUUCACCCUCAAUGACACCUGUGAUUGUGUGUUAAGUUAGGAUUAUGGUGAUUAAACGUUCAUUGGGGGAGACAAUGAGGAGAAAAUAUAUCACUUUGUUAUUGAUAUUAUGGGAAAGUGCCAGAAAGCUUUAACAGCUUCAGACUGAUGAGUAACGGUAAUUAAACAUGUUGAGAGUUUAUUUAGUUUGUCAGGUGAAUGUUACCAGAUUAGAUAGUAUCGAGGUUUAAUGAUAAGUUGAUAAAUUUAAGAAAUUUCUGACUUUGUAAUUUCUUGCGUAAUCUUUUGUUUAGAAUAAUAAAUUUGAUGACAAUACUAGAA